AUACAUUGGUAGAUCUCAUAUCUCAUACCUCAUUUUCACGACCUAAUCUCAUUUUUUCCCCCGCCGCUUUAAUGAGUAUUCGAUGAGUAGAUUUUGAGCACGUACAGUCUGAGGACGUUGAUGGGACGAUUUAUGAUUCAGAGACGGGGUGAAUAUUGGGUGUAAGAAGGGAUUCAUAGACCGCGCUUGCGCCGCUGGAUACGGAGGGGGAUCGGAGGGUGAUAGGGUUACUGUUGAGAGGUUGGGACUAGGGUUUCACCCCUCUUUGAAUUGUACAACUCGUUGAUCUCUACCCAUCGCCAACAUCGACCAAUUUCUUCUCAUACAACACCGCCAACAUGCCGCGCAAUACCAGAGGUGACAGACAGUCGUCGACGCCGAGGCCAGCUAGAUACCCGGAUAUCACUACGAUCUUGAGGAGCGUUCUUCCGGUUGAUGAGGCGCCUGAAUUCACCGUCUUUAACGCGGAGGUCUGGACGAGGGAUCGGAGGGGGUUCGUGGAUCUUUUGGAGACGAAUUUGUAUGGGCCGUUUAUAUUGCAGGGGGUGCUUAGGGUGGAUAAGAAGGAGGAGAGGAGUUGUGAGUGUGAUUGUUUCACUUUCCUUCCCCUGUCUCCUGAUUCUUAUAUCUCUCAUCGAUCUCAAUUCUUUCAAUCCAUUGAUCAGAAUACUGAUAUUCUAUUACAGUCUGUAAAGGUGCCAAAAAUGGUCCUUUCGAGUUUGAGGCUGAGAUCACGCACUAUGCCAUAGAUGCCAAUCCUGAGCCUGAGAUUUGGAUCGGAACUGUGUGUGGAUGGCUUCGAAUGUUUCCUUCGGCAAGGUAUGGGCCGUAUUUCGGUCAUAUGGAGUGGAGUGUCAGGUUGGUGUAUCAAUGCCAGGACCUGGAGGAAGAAUUGAAGGAGGCUAGGAAGGUAUUGAAAGUUGAUGAAUUUUUGUUAGAGGUGAGUUUUGCCACUCUCAAAUCAAUAUUUUGAUUUUGCAGCGGAUUGCUCUCCAUCGGAUGUUGACUGUUGGUAAUUUAUGCUGACGGGAGAGUAGUAUGCGUUAUCAGAUGGCCGUGGACUUCAGGAAACUCAAAUAUUGAGAUUCUUCCAUGAUCAUGCUAGGACUAUGUUGGCGCAUAUGAUUAGUGAUCCUGAGAUGCGGAAGAGAAAGUUGUUCUUGUUUCUGAGAAAUACCUUUAGUGUGAGUACUGUGUCUUAGCGGACUGAAUUAUGGUCAGCUGACUUUUAUCUAGGAUGUUUACGAGACUGUUGUCUCAGAGAACAAAGCCCUCGAAGCAAACCACAAAGCUCGUCUUCUAGAGCAAAGCUCAAAUUCCCAGCAGUAUAGCUCCUUGCCUGUUCGACCAGCGUCGCCAAUCAAAAAUCAAUCUGAAACAAUGCCUUUGAAGAACAUACCUUCAAUACCCAAGUCCACAAGACGCCAAAGCAGGUCCAAAUCAGCGACUCCAAAAUCAGAGACGCCAGAAGUAGUGGAGCUUUCAAUACCAGGUCUACCCUCACACGACCCAACCACAUUGGGAUUCGGCAAGAAUGGCGAACCUUUAAUCCACCCUUGUCAAGUCAUCAUGGAUAUGAUUCUUGCGUCUGAUCCAAAGAAUGAUAGAUUCUCAGUCAAGACCAUUAGUAGUGCUCUCUUCCAACAUUGGAGUUUAUGGUGGUCCCCACUAUCUAAGCAUAUGCUCAGGCUUUGGUCCACAGCUAUCCUGGACCAGCUUCCUGCCAGAUAUAAAGGUACCAAUUUCCACCGAGAGCUCCAGGAAGUUGCGAAAACCUGUAAUGUGGCUAGACGAGACAAGGAAUUGGCAACUGCCAAAAAGAGACCCCAUGCACCUAAAUCGAGGAUGGCCAGGUCUGUUGCCGAAAUUCAUCAAAUCACCGACGACGAAUGGCUGGCUCAAGCAGCGGAGCAUGAUGCUAUUCAUAGACGCAAGAAAUCCACGCUUGUUUCUGGGGAAUCUGGACCAUCAAAUCCUGUAGGACCGGCUUCAAAGCGUGAGAGAGGUGGCGCAAUUAGUAUCGCAGGCUACCACGACCAAGAAAGAUUAGACGCAAGUACAGCAGUCUCCACACCAAAUGAAACGAAAGAAGGAAAAGAACUUCAGACACGCGCUGAACGUGAGGCCACGCACGCAAGAUGGCUUGAGAGCAUCACCUCCCGAUCCCGCGAACCCUCUCCAGAUCCAUACUCUUAUCCUUACCAGAAAGCCAAAUAUAACCUUGCGCAUGGAUUGGAUGCCAAGGGUAAAAAGCCAGGAAGUGCGGAUAAGGAUACGCCAGCGAGCACGCCAGCACCAACCCACAAAACUAGGCCUCAAGUCGAAAUCUUUAUGAAAAAGACUCCACAUUCGCAAAAGGCUCUUCCUACUCAUACACCCAUAUCACAACAUUCUGGCAAGAUGGCACGCAUGAAACCAAAAACCGUUAGUACCAAGCGACCAGCUGAGGACUUCCCACUUAUAUUACCGCCAGGUCACGAUCACAAGCGGAGUCGCAUUGGGAACGAAGACGAAGAAGACGAAGAAGACGACGAAGACGGAGAUGAAGAUGUAGAAAUGCAAUCCGGUGCCUCCUCCCCAUCUCCCUCAUCCCCCUCCCCAACCGACAACGACGAGACCAACGACCAAGACGACGACGAGACCAACGACCAAGACGACGACGAGAUCCCCAACUCCGACUCCGACUCUCCCGACUCCCCAAUCAACCCCAUCAAACCCUCCUCCAUCAACAUGGCCCGCGGACCCAACGGCUCGAUGCGCUGCAUCAUCCCGCAAUGCCAUUUCAUCGAGUACAUCCCCGGCAAGAAAGAGGGACAGGAUCGGAUGCGUGAGCAUUUCGAGGUUCAUGAGAAAGAGGAUCCCGCCGUGAGGCUGGCGCGGAAUGAGGGGAAGUUGAAUGGGAGGGCGGUGGGGUUCUUGAUGGAGAAGUUGAGGGAGAAGGAGAUUGGUGAGGGGAGGGUGAGUGGGGAGGGGAGGGAUAGGGAUGGGUUUCCGUUGCCGAUUGUUCGGAGGAGGAUUUUUGGGCCUUUUUAG